AUUUCCAAAUAUUUAUAUUUCAAAAUGCGAUUCUUCUCGAAUUUUCGAUAUCUACUACCAUUUCUAUGCGUGUGUUUCCAAGUUUCUACACAAAUUUUUACGGAAUCCGACGCAAUUUACAAUGAAACUGAAGCUCGUGUGCUCUUUGAGCUCGUCGCCGCCGUGCACAAUAAUCAACCGCAGCUUUGUUUGAAUUCAUCUUUCAAAAACCCGGAGAUUCGACCGAAAUUGAUUGCCCAUUUAUUCGUGCGAUGCGACUACUUGAAUAGUGAUUGUACUUUUGCUUUAUUCGAACUUCCCGCCAAACAAAUCGUCGUGGCAAUACGUGGAACUCGGACAAUGAGCCAAUUUUUCUUCGAAUCGAUGAGCGCAUUUAUUCCAGACACAACAUUUCAUGGUUUGGGAGAGAUCAACUUCUACUUCUCGAUGACCCACAAAUCCAUUUGGCCUAAAAUCCACGAAUUUCUGAUGGCUACAAACUACAGUAACCAUGACGUCAUAUUUACUGGUCAUUCCUUGGGAGGGUCUUUGGCGGCUUUAAGCGCUUUUGAGACCGUUUUAAGUGGAAUUCGGAACAGUAGUCAGGUGAAAGUUGUGACCCUCGCUGAGCCCAGAACUGGGAAUUUGAUUUUCGCAAAAAAUUUUGAUCGACAUUUGAGAUUUAGUUUCCGAGUGAUAAAUGGCAUGGACGCCCUCGCACAUUUGCCGCCUUGCCACAAGGAUUAUAGGCACUGGCCACGUGCGGACCUACCUUGUGAUCCACGGAGUCGGACAGGCCCUUACCACCAUAGCACUGAAAUCUGGUAUCCGGACGGUAUGAACACCACUUCCAAGUAUAUAACAUGUAAUGGGAGCCAGGGAGAGGAUAUGUUUUGCUCGGAUAAGGUCCAUGUGACAGUGGCGACACUUGGAAAAGGGAUAACUGACCAUAGAAAGUAUUUUGGAAAAAUGAUUGGCCAGUACGGGAAGUCGAAUUGCAAUCCAGAUCGGACGUUUGAUGAGAAUGAAGGGUUCUUGGGAAAAGUUAAAGUGAUCUCUGAGAUGAUUAAUAAAGUUAUUUGAGUUCCUG